UCAGCCCGCGGCGCCUGCGCAGAAGGCUCUAGACGGUGAAGCAGGAGGCACUUGGGAUCGUCCGCAGGAUUGGGACUGCUACAGAGGCAGCCACGGAGCCCGCCGGAGCCACCGUUCCUACUGCUGCUGCCGCCGCUGCCCGAAUCGGAACCGUCGGGCCGCAGCCGCCGGCAAUGCCGCGAAGGAAGAGGAAUGCAGGCAGUAGUUCAGAUGGAACCGAAGAUUCCGAUUUUUCUACAGAUCUCGAGCACACAGACAGUUCAGAAAGUGAUGGCACUUCCCGGCGAUCUGCCCGAGUCACCCGCUCCUCAGCCCGGCUGAGCCAGAGUUCCCAAGAUUCCAGCCCUGUUCGAAAUUUGCAGUCAUUUGGCACCGAGGAGCCUGCUUAUUCUACCAGGAGAGUGACCCGAAGUCAACAGCAACCUACCCCAGUGACUCCGAAAAAGUACCCGCUUCGGCAGACUCGUUCGUCUGGCUCAGAAACUGAGCAAGUGGUUGACUUUUCAGAUAGAGAAACUAAAAAUACAGCUGAUCAUGAUGAGUCUCCGCCUCGAACUCCAACUGGAAACGCACCUUCUUCUGAGUCUGACAUAGACAUCUCCAGUCCCAACGUGUCUCACGAUGAGAGUAUUGCUAAGGACAUGUCCCUGAAGGACUCGGGCAGUGAUCUCUCUCAUCGCCCCAAGCGCCGUCGCUUCCAUGAAAGCUACAAUUUCAAUAUGAAGUGUCCUACACCAGGCUGUAACUCUCUAGGACACCUUACAGGAAAACAUGAGAGACAUUUCUCCAUCUCAGGAUGCCCGCUCUAUCAUAACCUCUCAGCUGAUGAAUGCAAGGUGAGAGCACAGAGCCGGGAUAAGCAGAUAGAAGAAAGGAUGCUGUCCCACAGGCAAGAUGACAACAACAGGCAUGCAACCAGGCACCAGGCACCAACAGAGAGGCAAUUGCGAUAUAAAGAAAAGGUGGCUGAACUCAGGAAGAAAAGGAAUUCUGGGCUAAGCAAAGAACAGAAAGAGAAAUACAUGGAACACAGACAGACCUAUGGGAACACUCGGGAACCUCUCUUGGAAAACCUGACUAGCGAGUAUGAUUUGGAUCUUUUCCGGAGAGCACAAGCCCGGGCUUCCGAGGAUUUGGAAAAGCUAAGAUUGCAAGGCCAAAUCACAGAGGGGAGCAACAUGAUUAAAACAAUUGCUUUUGGUCGCUAUGAGCUUGAUACUUGGUACCAUUCUCCCUAUCCUGAAGAAUAUGCACGGCUGGGCCGUCUCUACAUGUGUGAAUUCUGUUUAAAAUACAUGAAGAGCCAAACGAUACUCCGCCGACACAUGGCUAAGUGUGUGUGGAAACACCCACCCGGUGAUGAGAUCUAUCGCAAAGGCUCAAUCUCGGUGUUUGAAGUGGAUGGCAAGAAAAACAAGAUUUACUGCCAAAACCUAUGCCUGUUGGCCAAGCUUUUUCUGGACCACAAGACAUUAUAUUAUGAUGUGGAACCCUUCCUGUUCUAUGUUAUGACAGAAGCGGACAACACUGGCUGUCACCUGAUUGGAUAUUUUUCCAAGGAAAAGAAUUCAUUCCUCAACUACAAUGUAUCCUGUAUCCUUACCAUGCCUCAGUACAUGAGGCAGGGCUAUGGCAAGAUGCUCAUUGAUUUCAGUUAUUUACUUUCCAAAGUGGAAGAGAAAGUUGGCUCCCCAGAACGUCCUCUCUCAGACCUGGGGCUCAUAAGCUAUCGCAGUUACUGGAAAGAAGUACUUCUCCGUUACCUGCAUAAUUUCCAGGGCAAAGAGAUUUCUAUCAAAGAAAUUAGCCAGGAGACAGCUGUGAAUCCUGUGGACAUUGUCAGCACUCUGCAAGCCCUUCAGAUGCUCAAGUAUUGGAAAGGAAAACACCUAGUUUUAAAGAGACAGGACCUGAUUGAUGAGUGGAUAGCCAAAGAGGCCAAGAGAUCCAACUCCAAUAAAACCAUGGAUCCCAGCUGCUUAAAAUGGACCCCUCCGAAGGGCACUUAAAGUGCCCUGUUACUCUGAGCCAGCGAACCCCAGCAGUAGGAAUCCGUGCCCUAGGGAUCUGUCUGUCAUUUCUGUUGCUCUUGUGAUUGGCAAGUACAGUGUCCUUUGGGAAGGCCACCCCCUCAGGACUGUCCUGGCUCCGACCUUUGUGUACACUGCAGACGCUGGUUCUGAGGAACUGUUGUUUCGGCCUCAGUGAGGUUGCCUGGAUGGGAUCUCUAUUAGACUUGAGCGUGGAUCCCUCGUAGCACUGACCCAAGGUGUUCUGUUGGGUACUGCGCCUGUCCAGUCACUGGUUCUCUCCUCAUGUUCUUUAGCCCCAUGAGGUUGUGUCGUGUCUUCUAAACUUUGUACUUGUGCUUCUUGCUGCCCAGGUCUGCCCAGUCACCAGACCUCCAAAUGUGGUUGUCACCACCGGCACCUUUCCAUUUAGCCUUCACACGUGAUUUUUGGAGGGGCAGAGGAGAGGUAGCACUUCUGUGUGUGUAUUGGGAGGGGUGUAUUCCCUUUGAAUUUCAUCUCACUUUAAUUUUUUUCCUCCAUUUUUAUUGGAAGACCUUUUCUUAUUUGUGCUCAGUAUCAGGCUGACCAGAGCCAUACUUUUUGAAGACUCCCCAGGGAUUACUUUUGGUAACAGCCCAUAAUCUAUCUGAAUGAGAUAGAAGAAUUAAGAGGUGUGGCAAUUAUGUAUUUUGAUUUGAGUUCACCUGUGGGCAGUGGGCAGUGCCUUGGUGGAAGGGAAUGAACACUUUCUGCCUCACUAUAAGUGUCCCAUGGUAAAUGUUUUCUCUCCCGUUACUUCCUGUCCCUGCCAAAAUAAUUUCUAGUUCUCCCUUUCAGGCUCCAUGUUAAAUGGUUAAUUAUACUGCAGAACCUUUUCACCAGUGUCAGUCUGACUUGGCACACUGAUAAUUCUGCAUAAGUUUAUUUUUAUCUGAACAUCCUCAGAGAAGUAGAAAGUGAUCAAUAGUGACUCCUGUCACCCAGCCCAUGGCUCAGCCAGGUCGAAUGGCCACUCCUGUCAAGGUUUGCUUCUCUGUUAAACAGUGCCUCACCCUCCCACUAGGGCUGAAGUGCUUGUUCUUGUCCUUCCAAGAACUCCUCCAUUUCCUUUUUGGGAUUUGCCAUCAUUCCCCUAUUCUCUGGUCUCCUAUUUUGGGUGGUGUUCAUGUGAAGGAAAAGAUGGCUCCCUCUAAUUUCUCUAGCCCACUAUAACCCACUAUCCCGGGGCAGCUUUUGAUGUAUGACAUGUCACCCUUCCCAAAUUGUUCUCCUCCAACACUGCUGUCUUCAUGUGGCGUCCUCACCACAAUCCCGACUCUGGUCAUUUGUGCCUUUCUCUUCUCAUCUCCGUACACUACUUAUACUCACUGUGGGUUGGGGGGAGCUAAUUUUAAGCAUGUUCAGUGGCAGCUCCCCACCAGUUUCAGUGUCACUGUUAAAAUAUCCAAAAGCAACUUCACUGGGGGUUUUCUUAAGGGGUUAAAGGCCUUUUACAGAAGCUAACCCUUCCCCACAUGUGGUAGAAUGUGCUGUUCUAUAUCUACUCCUCAAUAAAGCAUGUUCUCUGCU